AUUCAGUUAUUCAGAUUUCAGUUUAGACUUUAUAGUGGUUAGACUAGGUCCUCAGUCAAGUUUUCGUCAUUUGCAAAUUUUUGAUUUAGUAUAAAAUUUAUCGUUCAGAUGUUUAGUACCUGUUUAAUUUAACAUAAUUGUAUUAAAAACUUAAAAAUACAGGCUAGCCCAGAUAUAUUGAAGUCAAGUGCUCUCGUCAACCAGUAUGCUUGGUGGUAAUGUCAUUUGGUUCCGUCACGGUCUCCGUCUCCACGACAACCCUUCGCUUCACAGCGCUCUGGAAGAUGCAAGCUCACCGUUCUUCCCUAUAUUCAUAUUUGAUGGAGAGACAGCUGGUACAAAGAUGGUGGGCUACAAUCGUAUGCGAUACCUGCUAGAGGCGCUGAACGAUUUGGACCAGCAGUUCAGGAAGUACGGCGGGAAGCUGCUCAUGAUUAAGGGGAGACCUGAUUUAAUAUUCAGGAGGCUGUGGGAGGAAUUUGGUAUACGUACGCUAUGCUUCGAGCAGGACUGUGAGCCAAUAUGGCGUCCGCGCGACGCGAGCGUGCGUGCUCUGUGCCGCGACAUAGGCGUGUCGUGCCGCGAGCACGUCGCACACACGCUGUGGAACCCGGACACAGUCAUCAAGGCCAAUGGAGGAAUACCGCCGCUUACAUACCAGAUGUUCCUGCAUACAGUUGAAAUCAUCGGUAAUCCUCCGCGUCCCGUAGACGACGUCGACCUGAACGGCGUCAACUUCGGAUCGCUGCCUGAGAGCUUUUACAGGGAAUUCGUUGUCUUUGAUAAGGCCCCAAAACCAGAAGAUCUGGGUGUGUUUCUGGAAAACGAAGAUAUUCGUAUGAUUCGCUGGGUGGGAGGAGAGACAGCGGCCUUGAAGCAGAUGCAGGAGAGAUUGGCUGUGGAGUACGAGACAUUCUGCAGGGGUUCUUAUUUGCCGACCCAUGGCAACCCCGACCUCCUUGGACCGCCGAUAUCUCUGAGUCCAGCCCUGCGCUUCGGAUGUCUGUCUGUCCGUCGCUUCUACUGGAGUCUCCAGGACCUGUUCCAGCAGGUGCAUCAGGGACGCCUGGCUUCCACUCAGUUUAUCACUGGUCAGUUAAUAUGGCGGGAGUAUUUCUACACGAUGAGCGUCAAUAACCCCAACUACGCCCAAAUGUCGGGGAAUCCUAUCUGCUUGGACAUACCGUGGAAGGAACCGGAGAAUGACGAGUUACAGAGAUGGAAGGAGGGUCGUACGGGGUUCCCAUUCGUGGACGCGGCCAUGCGCCAGCUGCGUACGGAGGGCUGGUUGCAUCACGUUGUACGGAACACCGUGGCCUCGUUCCUCACCCGCGGGACCCUGUGGCUAUCCUGGGAACACGGGCUGCAGCACUUCCUCAAGUAUCUGCUGGAUGCUGAUUGGUCGGUAUGCGCGGGUAACUGGAUGUGGGUGUCGUCCAGUGCGUUCGAGGCCUUAUUGGACUCCGGCGAGUGCGCGUGUCCCGUCAGACUGGGCCGAAGACUGGAGCCCACUGGCCAUUAUGUACGGAGAUACGUACCAGAACUGGCUCGGAUGCCCGGAGAGUACAUUUACGAGCCGUGGCGUGCCCCGCUCGAGGUGCAGGAGGCUGCGGGCUGUGUCAUAGGUCGAGACUACCCCGCGCCGGUCGUCGACCACACAGCUGCGGCCGCCAGGAACAGGGCCAACAUGCAGGAGCUGCGCCGCCUGUUGGAGAAAGCUCCUCCUCACUGCUGUCCGUCAUCUGAAGACGAGGUGCGGCAGUUCAUGUGGCUUGGAGACGACUCGCAGCCUGAGCUCACCACCACAUGAAUAUAACCUUACUGUCAACUAGUUAGGGUUUAAAAUCCUUCACAGUACAAGUGUAUAUUUUUUUGUUCCACUUCAUAACUACUAUGAAGUUAUUUGUUUUGUAUUACUUAGCACUUUAUUUGAUGGUGACAUAUUGUUGUUGUCUAUGCAUUUGUUAUUUUUUUUUUAAAUUUUAGUUUUGGGGCCAAAAAUAUUGACUUUUGCUAAUUAAUUUUUUUUGGUUUAUUAGCUGAUCUGUAAUAAUUCUAUUAUAUGUUUUUAUAGAUAUGUAUGUGUAUCUUUAGGCGUGUAUCUCAUUAUUGUAAGUCAAACGAGUUGAUAAGUAAAUGAUUUUUUUUUAAUGUAAACCCAAUUUGUCUAAGAAACCAAAGAUUGUAUUUAAUUUCCAUCAAAUAAAUGAAAAAUAUAUACAGAGAAGGUAUAACAUUUCUUGACAGUUAGAUAUGUAACGUUGUUUAGAGUUAGUUUAAUGAAUUUUAUAUGAAUGUCAAAUAUUAUAUAACUAUAAGAAUAUUUUAUUAAAUGUUUACAUGUUUAUUGAACAAAGACAUCAUUCAGAAUUAUUUAGACAUCCAAUAUAUUUAAGUGUUUUCACAAAUGCUAAAAAUUUAUACCGAUUAAAUAAAUUUUCAGGUAUUAUUAGGUAUAUUUAUAUAAUGAAAUUGAAAUUAUAAAAUUUUAAGGUAACAUUUUUAAGUGUAAGUAAAAAAAAAAAAAUAAUAUAUUUUGAAAUUGGAAUUAUUAAUGAAAAGUAUGGAACUAAAGUUCCAUUUAAAAAAAAAAUACUGACAAUUCAUGAUGUUUAAAUUUAAGAAUAUAUUUUUAUAUAAAAAUUAGUAUUUCUUAUAUGUCCAAUGAUGCGAGGCAUCUUAGUAAUGUAUUUAUAAAGUGAAAGAUGUGUAAAUA